AUGUAUCAAAAAACAAAACCACUAGAUAGUGCCUCCUCCUCGAUCUCAAACCUCGCAAAUCGAUGCAGAAAGGCGUUACAAGAGCUCUACACUUUGGUUAAGGGACAGGAUGAGGAUCUCACUACGUCCACACUUUACAACGUCAACGGGCGGUUCAACGUAUGGGGCAGCAAUCUGGCUGCGUUUCGAAGGAAGGAUUCCGUGGCAUCUCUGGACUGGCGUCUCAGGAAGGCAGAGCAGAUGACAGAAGCCGUCAAAACAACGCUGGAAGAAAUAAUUCAGGCAUCUGAAGAAGCCGAUGCCAUCCUACGAGAUAAUCGCCGCAACGGGCAAAAGUCAGACAUGGAAGCUUUGUUCGAGGGAAUUGACUUGGAUGAUCCCGAAAACCAAGAGCUAUCUGAGUUUUUGAACUCCAUAACAACCGAGCUCGACGCAUUGCUCAAUAGCAUCGCGUUGUCAGUUGAUAGGCUGUUCACUCUGGCCAUGCUGAUCCGCCGGGAGUCCACGAACCAACCUCACGGGAACCACAAGGGCAAAAUUAGUCCGGGAACUGAUCCAGGUCGCGAUAAUCAUAUUCUUCGUCUCAAAGACAAACAUCCAGGGCUGCUAGACAAGGAGUGGCUCCAGCACAGACUUGCAGAUGCCUUCGAUCAUCGCAGAUCCUCUAUAUUAGAUCUUCAAACCAAGCGUCCUAUCCCCUGCUUUGAAGUUGAAGCGCAAACAGGAUCUUCACAACAUGGACCUUCCGUAGCAGCUACAACAUACCAGGAGGAUGGCAAACGCCAUGAGGGAUUAGAAGAUGGAAGCGUCUCAUCAACAGCCAGCUUUGUAACAAAGACGUCUUUCGUGACGGCGAUUCAAACGGGCGAAGACGGCGAACUAGGGAUUAUGGACUUGGAGCGACUGACCUUCCACAAAGUCCGACUUCGAUAUGGAGAAUCGUUCAAUUGCCCACUUUGCAGAGAGUUCAUACUUGUGACCUCCAGAGAGGAAUGGAAAAACCACAUACUGUCCGACCUAAGUCCCUACCUGUGCACUUUUCAGAGCUGUCCCGUAACCCUGUUUUCCAAGAGACAUGAGUGGUUUGGUCAUGAACUUGAGUUCCAUCGAAUGAUAUGGCACUGUCACAAAUGCGAAUCGAGAUUCGAUACGGCGGAACUACUGAGGAAACACUUCAUUGAGUCGCACAGACAUGUUGUCCCGGAGUCGCAUAUACCAAUGAUUCUCAAGUCGGCGAGUCGACCUACACAAGAUUUCUCGAACCAGCCUUGCCCCUUUUGUCGGCCAUUGUGGUCUGUUCCGCGAACGGAGUCUACCCAAGCCAUGGCUCUUUGCCGACACAUAGGAAAACAUUUCCAAGAGUUAGCUGUGCUUGCGAUACCAGCUGUCAUUGAAGGACUAGAAAUCCAAGAAGAAGAAAAAGAAGAAGACGAAGAAGAUAGCCACGGCGAGAGAGAAGCCGAAAAGGAUGGUGUGAAAACUGGAGGCCAAGAUGCAGGUGAUGACACUGAAAGUAUUACCAGCGACGGUCAGGGCAGUAUCAUUACUUCACCUGAUGCAACACCC